AUGCUGACAGCCGUCCAAGCAACCAUUUCCGGUCUUAAUCACCCACCCAUGGAAGACAACCAUUAUGGCAGUAACAUGAAUAAUCUCAGAAUCUUACAAAUUAACCUGCAGCAGUCAAAAGCCGCAUCCUCUGAAGCCCUCCAAAUGGCAUUGAAUCGAGACAUAGAUAUUCUAGAUAUUCAGGAGCCUUAUGUGGUGAAUGGGAAAGUGGCCAUGCUAGGCUCUGGCAAGGUUCUUACCCUCUCUAGUAACAACUAUACGACCAAGACUGGUGUUGUUAUUUAUAACAAAGGUCUCACGGCUCAACUGGUGACCCAAUAUUCUAAUCAGUACUACACCACUGUCAGGGUGGAUACCCCCUGGGACCCCUUAUUUAUUAUCUCCUUUUACUGCUCACCUGACGAUAAUCUAAGGCCACUGCUGGAUAUCCUCAGUCAGACCUUGGACUGUCUGAAGGGCAGCCCGGUUCUACUGUUGGGCGACUUCAAUGCCAAAUCGCACCUCUGGCAUAGCCCAGUGGAAGACCCAAGGGAGUACCUCCUUUGUGAGUUCAUGGCAGUGUUUGACUUGACCUCUCUGAAUGUUAGCCCGCUGCCCACCUUUUCCACUAGUAGAGGCAAGAGUUGGGUGAAUGUGUCUGGGGAACCCCAGUUUGCUUAG